GAUCUUAGGGUUGACAACCAAAUCGCGACACUGCGGUUGAAUCGCCCCGAUGCGUUGAAUGCUCUGAGUCGGGAACUCCUGUCGGAAUUUACCCACGCGGUGGCGUCCGUGGAGCGCGACGAAUCAAUCAAGGCGCUGGUAGUGCGCGGGGCUGGCCGGGGGUUUUGCGCCGGCGCAGACCUGCUUUUCUUCGACCGCGUUUUUGACGACCUUUCGCAGCUCCCUGAUUACGUUCGGGCAUUGAACGACGCCUUUUUUGCGUUGGAGUCGCUCCCCAUACCGACCAUCGCGGUUGUCCACGGGUAUGCUCUCGCCGGCGGUAUGGAGUUGAUGAUGGCCUGCGAUAUGGCUAUCGUUGCCGAUGACGCCCGAAUCGGGGACCAGCACGCAAAUUUCGGUCUGAUACCCGGUGGCGGUUCGACACAACGGUUGCCCCGUCGGGUGGGCAUGCCCCGGGCAAUGGAACUGCUGACAACGGGCCGAUGGCUUUCUGGCAGCGAGGCCGUGGAAUGGGGACUCGCGUUGCGUUCCGCGCCCGCCUAA